AUGUCGCUCAAUGUCUCCAAGAAUCCUUCCUGGGGCGACCAAUUCAAGAACACCAAUCAGCGCGGCUUCAAAUUCCAAGUCAUUAUCUCGGUUGCUUUUGGUUUGAGCGCUUUCUUCGCAUUCUGUCUGUUGCGCCCGAGAUGGACAAGCCUAUAUCAUGCUCGCAAGAAACAGUCCAACGCUGCCUCACGGUUACCGGAGCUACCCAAGACCUUGUUUGGCUGGAUCCCUGUCAUUUACAGUAUAUCACAAGAGGAGGUUCUUGCUUCUGCCGGCCUUGACGCCUUUGCCUUCCUUGCCUUUUUCCGCUAUGCCAUUAAAUACUUGUCUGUCACUCUCUUCUUUUCCCUCACCAUAAUCCUCCCAGUCAACUACAGGUAUACCGGUCAGUUCACGCCCCUUGUUCCUCCCUCGAAUUCAACCGAUGGCUCCGACCCUGAGCUCUACAAUUUCUUCGCUGGAAAUGAGACGAAGCCCCAGAAACCACACCUCGAGAAGGAUGACAGCUACCUCUGGAUGUAUGUCGUCUUUGUCUACUUUUUUACGGGCUUAGCGAUCUACCUCUUGGUUGCGGAGACCCAAAACCUCAUCCGAAUUAGACAGGCCUAUCUUGGUACUCAGUCCACAAUCACUGACCGGACUAUACGCCUUUCUGGCAUACCAACGAACAUGAGAUCGGAAGCGGCCAUUACCAAGGUUGUGGAGGAUUUGCAGAUAGGAAAAGUUGACAGUGUUAUGCUUUGCCGGAACUGGCAUGAGCUUGAUAGCAUUAUGGCCAGACGCAUGCAGUGUUUGCGCAAACUUGAAGAGGCUUGGACAUCCUACUUUGGGCACCACCACUCACUUCGUCACAACCGUUCGAAUCAUCGACCCCAAGACUCUAUCGGGGACGGUGAAGACGCAGAUGCUCUCCUGUCAAGGUCCGAAAUGGAAGAAGCACAUGCUACACCUGCGGAUCGUCCUCGUCCCACCAUCACAAUUCGUUAUGGCCCACUCAGGAUAUACUCCAAAAGAAUUGAUGCCAUUGACUAUCACGAAGAGAGGAUGAGAAUGUUUGACGAGAGGAUAUACGCACUACGGAACUCCGAUUUUCAACCAACCCCACUGGCAUUCGUUACGAUGAAGUCAACUCAAGCCGCUCAAAUGGCUGUUCAGGCAAUCCUCGACCCUAAGCCCGGCCAGCUAUUGACUUCGCUCGCACCGCCACCGGCCGACGUUGUCUGGAAGAACACCUAUCUCUCGCGUAAUCAUCGAAUGCUGCGCUCGUGGGGUAUCAUGGUUUUCAUAGGUCUGUUGACCAUCUUCUGGGCCGUUCUUGUUGCCCCACUUGCUGGUUUGCUCAGUAUUGAGGUCAUUGAUCAAGUUCUUCCUGGAUUGGCGGAAGCUUUGGAACACCAUGAAAUCCUUCGGUCACUUGUUCAGACUGGCCUGCCAACUUUGUUGUUCUCGCUCUUGUCCCUGGCUGUUCCCUAUUUAUACGACUGGCUGUCUAACCUUCAGGGGAUGACAUCCCAAGGCGAUGUUGAAAUGUCGGUCAUCUCGAAGAAUUUCUUCUUCACUUUUUUCAACCUCUUCAUUGUCUUCACGAUUUGGGGUUCGGCCUCAACAUUCUUCGAGUUCUGGCAGGAUCUUCGAGAUAUCUUACGAGACACUGCAGGUAUCAUGUAUGCAGUGGCAAAGGCCUUGGAGCAAUUGUCACCCUUCUAUGUCAACCUCAUUGUCCUCCAGGGCUUUGGGCUAUUCCCCUUCAGGCUCCUAGAGUUUGGUGCAGUGGCCUUGUAUCCUUUCUACCUGAUUAGCGCCAAGACUCCUCGCGAUUACUACGAACUUGCGAAACCACCAAUCUUCAGCUACGGCUUUUACCUACCUCAGACUAUGUUGAUCUUCAUCAUUUGUAUUGUCUACAGCGUUCUUCCUGCAUCUUGGAUGAUCACCAUGUUCGGCUUGGUAUACUUUUUGAUUGGUGGUUUCAUCCACAAAUACCAAUUACUGUAUGCCAUGGAACAUCGCCAACACUCAACUGGCAGGGCAUGGCCUAUGAUCUGUGAUCGAAUCAUCACCGGCCUGGUUCUUUUCCAAGUUGCGAUGACAGGGAUUUUGGCUCUUCGAGGCGCAUUAACAGCAUCAAUUUUCAUUGCACCUGUUCUUUUUAGCACAGUUUGGUUUACAGUCUACUUCCACCACACAUACGUCCCUCUUAUGCGCUUCAUUGCUCUUCGCAGCAUUGACAAAGAUGCCAUGCCUGAACUGACAACACCGUCAGAAUCGUCUUGGGAUAGAGAUACUGAUCAUGGUCUGCACGUCGAUACGGAUGCGACGACCGGUCUCCGGUACAUCAACCCCAAUUUGGUUUCCCCAUUGGAAACUCUUUGGAUACGGAAACCCGGUCAUGGGCGUCCGAUACCCGAGGCGUGA